AUGUGGAAAAGUGCUGCAAAGUGUGUCCAAGGGCCAAGUUCAGGCCUUCAUCAGCUGUGUUUUGUUAGGACUUUCUCAGUGGGCGGAAUAGUUGGUCAGCAGACUCAAUUGGAAAUUGCGGGAAAUUUGAGUGCUCGCAGCGAUGAAAAAUGGACACAGGCAAAGUCUUAUGAGGAAAUGCCAGGACCAAGCAGUCUUAAAAUGAUAUCCUACUUUAUGCCAGGUGGCGCCCUUCGAAAUACUAACCUCAUACAAAUGAACCGCCGGAUGAGGGAAAUGUACGGAGAUAUAUAUCGCGUUCCCGGCAUGAUGGGCAAGCCCAAUAUGGUCUUCACCUAUAACCCCCAGGACUUUGAGGUGACCUAUCGCAACGAGGGAGUAUGGCCCAUACGGAUAGGUCUGGAGAGCUUCAGUUAUUAUCGCAAAGUGAAGAGACCUGAUGUUUUUGGUGGUAUAGGUGGCCUUGUUUCCGAACAAGGUCAGGAAUGGGCAGAUAUACGCAACAAGGUGAACCCCGUGCUCAUGAAGGUGCAGAAUGUGAGACAAAGUCUUCCCCAACUCGAUCAGAUAGCCAAGGAAUUUAUAGACAAGUUGGAAUCCCUAAGGAAUCGUGAUACUCAUACCCUCCAGGCCAACUUUCAUGAGGAGCUGAAGAACUGGGCCUUUGAAUCAAUUAGUUUUGUGGCUCUGAAUACAAGAAUGGGUCUUCUGAGUGAUCACCCAGAUCCGAAUGCCGCUCGUUUGGCCAAACACAUGGGCGAGUUCUUCAACUAUAGCUUCAAGUACGAUAUACAACCCUCGAUAUGGCCUUUUUACAAGACACCCGGCUUCAAGGAGUUCCUCAAAACCUAUGACAAUAUCACUGAGAUAACCACCAACUAUAUAGAGACUGCCAUGAAGCGUUUCGAGGUGAAGGAUGAUCGGAAUACCAAAUGUGUCCUGGAGCAGCUCUUGGAACUCAACAAGCAGGUGGCUGUCGUGAUGGUAAUGGACAUGUUAAUGGCUGGCAUCGAUACGACCUCUUCUGCUGCUCUGACCAUCCUUUAUCACCUGGCUAAAAACCCCUCGAAGCAAGACCAACUGCGUCGCGAGAUACUUCGUAUCUUACCCCAAUCAAAGGGUUCCCUCACCGAAGAGAACACCAAAAACAUGCCUUAUCUGCGGGCUUGCAUCAAAGAGGGCCUGCGAAUCACCUCUAUAACUCCUGGAAAUUUCCGGAUUACCACAAAGGACCUGGUGCUCUCUGGAUAUCAGGUUCCUGCCGGCACUGGCGUUCUCAUGGGCGUCUUGGAGCUCUCAAACAGCGACGAGUAUUUCGCUCAGAGCGCCGACUUUGUGCCGGAACGCUGGCUAAAGUCUGGGUCAGCUCCUGAUGGUGUUCAGGCCUGUCCGGAGGCCCGAUCCCGCAAUCCCUUCGUGUAUCUGCCCUUUGGCUUUGGUCCUCGCACCUGCAUUGGAAAGAGGAUAGCAGAGCUGGAGAUAGAAACUCUAUUGGUGCGACUUCUGCGGAGCUACAAGGUCAGCUGGCUGCCCGAGACUCCGAUACAAUACGAGAGCACCAUUAUACUAGCACCUUGCGGGGAUAUUCGAUUUAAACUAGAGCCUGUGGAUCAAUCAAUGUGAUAUCAGGACACACAUCCUUUUGAGUUCAGAGA